AUGGGGUCCAGCAGCAGUGCACGCAUUGCGUCCCCCAUCGUGGAUGAGCACCAAGCAGGAACACCGAUGAGCACAGAGCCAGAUCCUGGGCUGGCACAGGACCGGCCUGUCCAGGAUUCCGGUUCAGUUGACAACCAUCCCGAGGAACCAGUGUCACAGCAUCUCCAGCAACUGCUCGCCAACCCCGGCAAUCCUCCUGAGGUGCUCGAGGCCGCUGUCGAGAUUGGAGUAAAGCUGAUUGAUCGCCUGGUGAAAUCCAUCGAGGAUGUUGCGCCAAAUCCUGGCGCUACCUCUUGGCUGAAGUAUCUGAGAGAACUUCAGGUUCGUGCCGAGGCCCCUCGUACUGUCGUCGGUGUUGUAGGCAAUACCGGCGCCGGCAAGAGUUCUGUCAUAAACGCCUUGAUUGAUGAGGAGAGGCUACUUCCCACCAACUGUCUGAGAGCUUGCACAGCCUCUCCGACUGAGAUUUCGUACAACCACUCGGACGAUCCAGCAGCGCUUUACCGAGCCGAAGUCGAGUUCAUUACCACCGAGGAUUGGGUUCGGGAGCUCGAGAUUCUGUUCUCGGACCUCCUUGACGGAAAAGGCGUUGUGUCGCGCGAAUGCACCAAUGCCGACAGCGAUGCUGGUAUCGCCUUUGCCAAGGUGAGGGCCGUCUAUCCAAAUAAGACGAAGGAAAUGCUGGGUAAAGAAAGCCCCAUGGCUCUCGCCGACGAGCCUGCCGUGCGAGGUGUGCUCGGAAGUGUCAAAACCUUGCAGGGAAAGUCAGCCCAGGAACUAUAUCAGCGACUCCAGAGCUUCGUCGAUAGCAAAGAGAAAACAACUGGCACCACGUGGAGGAUUAGUCCCAUGGAAUUCUGGCCCUUGAUCAAGGUAGUUCGUGUCUUCACCAAGGCCUCUGCUCUCUCGACCGGUGCCGUCAUUGUUGACUUGCCUGGUGUCCAAGACGCGAAUGCUGCUCGAGCAGCCGUGGCAGCCAACUACCUGAAAUCAUGCAAUGCUCUAUGGAUCGUUGCCCCGAUCACGCGGGCCGUCGACGACAAGACCGCCAAGUCUCUCCUUGGCGACUCCUUCAAGCGUCAGUUGAAGUACGACGGCACAUACUCGACCGUCACCUUCAUCUGCUCCAAAACCGACGACAUUUCCAUCACGGAAGCUGCUGAGAGCCUGGAUAUGGAAGACGAAAUCGCAGAAUCUUUCAUACAAGUUGAAGGUUUGGAAACGACCGGACAAGGCCUGAAGCAGGAAUUGGAUGCGCUCAAGGAGGGCAUAGCAGUAUACAGCAAGAAUAUCGAUGAGUACGAGGCCCAGUAUCGUACCUGGGAAGCUUUGGAGCGCAAGCUUGACGAUGGCGAGACUGGAAAUUCCCAGCCGUCCGAGAACAAGGUGGCGCUGACUGAAGAUGUGAUCGCUCAGACACUAUCAUCGCUGAAGACCCGGAUCAAGGGGCUCCGUGGGGACCGACGUGACGCCGAGGCCAAGGUUUCCAAAGUUCGCAGCGAGAUGGACUUGGUCCAGUCCGAGCGGGAGGAUUUACUUGGGAAUUUGACAGCCAAGUGCAUACAAAGACGCAACGAUUAUUCCAGGGAAGCUAUCAAGCGAGAUUUUGCCAUGGGUAUCAAGGACCUCGAUCAGGAGAACGCACUCGAGGAAGAUGAUGAGAAUUUCGAUCCCGAACAGGACUUGCGAGACUACGACCAAGUUGCCGAGUCUCUUCCCGUUUUCUGCGUCAGCAGCCGGGCGUACCAGAAGAUGACGGGUAAACUCCAGAAGGACGGCUUCCAGAGCCAGGGAUACAUGACAACUGCGGACACCGAGAUACCCCAGCUGCAACGGCAUGCCAAGAAGCUCACCGAGGCUGGUCGAAUGAGUAACAGCAGACAAUUCCUCAACGACCUCGACCAGCUUCUCAACUCGAUGAAGCUCUGGGCCUAUAAUGAUGGCACCCGAUGCACUUUGACAGACAGUGAGAAGAAACGGGAAGAGAGGCACCUCCACACUCUUCUCGACACGCUUGAGAAGGGUUUCGAUGCAGCUGUCAAAGACACAGUUGCAUCCAUCCAACCCGCUCUCAACGAUCACGUCUAUAAGUACCUCAGCCUGGCAAUCCCGUUGGCUGUUGAUAGUGCGGUUGACACUGCUACCAAAUGGGGCGCAAUGCCAGCCAUGGGUGGGCUGUCCUGGCCCACCUACAAGGCCAUAUGCCGCCGCAGAGGUGCUUACAGCGGCAAAAUGGGGCCGCGAGACUUCAACAACGAACUCUUCGGACCGAUCUCGCGCUAUAUUGCCAGUGGCUGGGAACGUGCAUUCCAGCGUCGAUUGCCUGCGAUCCUUGCUGAGGUCACGGCCCCAUCCCGAGGACAUCUCCAAGGUUUCCACCAGUCUGUCCUCGAUCGCGCCAUGGAGCAGCACAACAACGUAUCCGGUGUAAGCAAGUUAGCCAACCAGCUCGAGGCCCAUUCUCGAACCCUGGAUGAUCUGCCGACCCACGCCAACGCUAUAGUCACGGAGCUGCAGCGGGAGGCCAACCGCGAGUUUGCUCCUGUUAUCCGCCAGGCUAUGAUCGAUGCGUAUACCAUCUGCACUGAUGAACAUGGGCGUGGAUCCUUUGGUCGCAUGAAGACCGCUAUGGUGUCCCACGUCGAUGAGUCGCGUCAUACCAUGUUCCGCCAAGCCACCGACACUGUCAAGGGGCUUCUCGAGGAGAUGAUCGAAGUCGUGCAGACCCAGAUGCACGACAAGACCCGCGAGAUCUUGGACUCGGUCACUCGCGACUACACAACGGUGCUGGUUGGUUCUGGCAUCAACAACCCGGCCGACCAGGGGUCAAGCGAGGGGCCUGAACAUAUGGCGGAUGUGAAAGCCGCGCUACUGAGCGCUGACGCUUUAUUUGCGCUAGCCGGGGCAAGUGACGAUGGUUCUCCUGGCCGGAUGGAGGACUCGGCGCAGGGGCGGUUGUCAAAUGACGUGGACGAGGUCGGGGGUCCCCAUGACCACGACGAUCGUCGAUUCGAGUACAACGAACCUAGCAACUCUCAAGGCAGCGACGAAACAGCGUCCCCAUCUCGGGAUCAGCUUCGCUCUCCCAACCGAAAAUCGCACGAAGCUCACGGCGAGGCUGGAAGUCAAUCCAAUACUCCAGAGCCUAGUUCGCAUAACGAAUUCCCCUCCGUUGAAGCCCUCACGCGCAAGAUCAAGCGGGAGCCCCUCGCCGGCCUCAUCGCGUCCAACCUCAACUACACAGAGAACGAGGCAGCGGUCAACUUUACAAACGGGGUGCUGACGCAGCCGAUGAAGAUCGACCACAGCCUCAGUUUCCACGACGCGGUCGAGUGCCGGACCUUCACCGAGCUGAUCGUCACCGACCCGGCGGUGCCGUACGUGAUCGUAAUGCGCGUGGUGCUCAACAGCACCGACGGCAAGAUCAGGAAGAUCCGGUACAUCCACACAGUUUUGCACUGCAAGAAUCCCAAAUGUGGAUUGGAUAGCACGACCUUCUGA